AUGGAGUCUCUUCCUCCUCCUCCUCCUCCUAGUCGUCAUCUUCCUCCUCCUCCUCCUCCUCCUAGUCGUCUUCCUUCUGUGCGGCCAUUCAAUGUUUACGCACAACAGCCUCACAACGACUAUAGAAACGAGCUCAACGAUCGCCCUGAGAUUCGUCAUAACAAAAGAGUCUGCGUGGUCAACGGAUACAAAGCGGUGGAAACUGAUUACAGGAGAGAAGAAGACAGAUUCGAGGAUCUCCGGAAAAGGUAUGCUGGAAACUACAAUGGUUUUAGACAGAUUCAUGAUGUUUCUCGGUAUGGAGUCCAGCAUAAUAGGCCCUUAGAGGAUCCUUAUAGACACUCAGUCCCAUCUUGGAAUGGCGGAGGGAAUGGUCAUUUGGUUCACCAUAGGCAUGAUGGUAGAUAUGGUGGUGAAGAACCAAUGCCUGUAGGUCAUUUGGUUCACCAUAGGCAUGAUGGUAGAUAUGGUGGUGAAGAACCAAUGCCUGUAGGUUCGUGGCGAGACUAUGGUCGUAGAACAGAUCUGCCAGAACCAAUGCCUGUAGGUCCGUGGCGAGACUACGGUCGUAGAACAGAUCUGCCAGAACCAAUGCCUGUAGGUCCGUGGCGAGACUACGGUCGUAGAACAGAUCUGCCAGAACCAAUGCCUGUAGGUCUGUGGCGAGACUAUGGCCGUAGAAUAGAUCUGCCUCCCCCACCGCCACCGCCACAGCCACCACUACCUUAUGGUAGAGUAAAUUAUGAGACUUUUGGUCCUCCCCAGCCUUAUUUUGGUAGACGAUCGUUUUACUAG